AUGCAGACCUCCCACUCCUUACCCUACGCCUCUGCGGCGCCUGUACCAAAUUACAACAAACCGUCUGCGCUGCCCUCGUCGCUCUCCACGCCCUCCGCUGCCCGCUUCGAGCGCGAGGACAGCGUUCUUCCUCCCGGGUCUGCGCCUAGGCUACGCAAUCCGCUGGGCCAUGGUCGCUCUGGCUCGGGCACUCUGCGAAUCGAACCCCAGAGCCCGUCACGCGGGAGCUUCACUCUGGCGUCGCCACCGCGUUCGCCGCCCCCGCAUCUGCCCACCGUCGCCGCAUCAUCGAGCGGCGUGAUACCUGCAUCCUCUUCAUUCUUCCGCCCUUCCCGUCCGCACACAUUCGCCGAAUCUAGACGUUCUUCCACUGCAUCUUCUCUUCGUGGCGCCUCUCCUCCACCAGGCACCAACAACUAUCCAUUACAACCGCUCGCAUACGACGUCGACGUAGAAGCUGGACCGGCGUACGAUUCGGACUUCGAAGCCUUCUCGGACGCAGAGCGCGCGAACGGUCGCGCGAGCCGUCUUUCGUCCGCUGAGGAUGGCGGGAGCACCCUACCGCGCCAGCGUAAUGGGACAACGUACUCGCGCGAACCGCUGAUACCCGUCGGUCGCUCUCGCGCGGGCACAGCAACGUCCAAUGUACCAUCCCUCGCACGCAAGACCUCCGACCGCCGGCAACAGGCUGGCGUACGACAGAGCAUCGAGCGAUUCAGCCGCAAUCUUUCGCUGGACUUCGUCAGGAAGAGUCUCAGCGCGCCGUCUUCACCCUGGGUAUCUUCGCCCAGUGCGGGCGGGUACGAGCCUAAACGCUCGGAUUCGUCGGGAGAGGUCAUGCACUUGAAACCCGAACUCGCGCGCCCGCGGUGGGAUCCACAUCCGCCAGAUAACCUCUCACACCCGCUCAGCCGAACACCCAAGACUGGCGAGAACGGGAGGCCAAUACGCAACUACGAGCUUCACCCGAGCAAGAAUAGAUUCUUGUUGCGCGGGCGUCUGCUCUUGGGCGGCGAUAAACCCUAUGCGUUCUUGUUCACGCUUACGAUCCUACUCGGUCUCGGCGGGACCUGGUUUGCAACAACAUGUCGCUGGUGGUGGACAAAUCUCAGUCCCGCGCUAGCGAGUGUGGGGAUAUACAUGUUCCUGCUGUGCUUCUCGCUGUUCGGCGUCACCGCCUUCAGCGAUCCUGGGAUCCUGCCCCGCAAGCUCGAUCUCGACCCACCUUACCCCGCCGAGACGCCUGGAGGCGAGGCGCGUCAGCCGUACCCCCGCGAGGUCAAAGUCCGCGCGGGGAGCAUACGCGUCAAGUGGUGUACGACCUGCCAGACGUAUCGUCCGCCGCGGUCGAGCCAUUGUAGGCUGUGCGAUAACUGCGUGGAUGGAUGCGAUCAUCACUGUCAGUGGGUGAACAACUGUGUCGGGAGGAGAAACUAUACAACAUUCUUUGCUUUGAUCCUCUCUGGCACUUUGACGCUCGUCAUGGUGAUCGUCUCAUCCGCCAUCCACCUCUACCUCCUCGCCCACCGCAACUCCUGGUCCUUCGCCCACGCGCUGCGCGAAGGCGCCGGCUCCGCAGUCUGCUUCUGCCUCUCGAUCAUCCUGUUCUGGCCCGUCGCGGCCCUGCUCUUCUACCACGUCCGCCUCCUCCUGUUAAACAUCACCACGAUCGAGCAAAUCCGGGUAACGGCGCACAAGCGACUUGUGCCGAACGCCGCCGCGCCGCCGAACCCGUUCAGCCAUGGCGGCUGGCGCCGGAAUGCAGCGGCCGUGUUGUGCCGGCCGCCCGGGAUGACUUGGUUGGAUCUGCCGGGAGUGGCGACGGAGGAUAGGAGGGCGAUCAAUCCGGCGUAUACCGCUCCCGAGGACGGCUGGCGGGCGUAG